AUGACUCUUACACCCAAGCGCAAGUGGUACCUAGCAUUUGUGAUUGCAGCCUCCACGGUCAGUGCUGGAGGAGUACGUUUAGUGGAUGGCCCAAACAACUGCUCUGGCAGGGUGGAGGUUUAUUAUGCAGGCCAGUGGGGUACAGUGUGUGAUGAUGACUGGGACCUGCUGGAUGCCAAGGUAGUGUGUAGAGCGCUGGGCUGUGGGGUGGCGCUGGAGGCCCCGGACCAGGCUCACUUUGGCCAAGGCAGGGGGGAGAUCUGGCUAAAGGAUGUGCAAUGUUCUGGGAAUGAAGGGUCACUGCUUGGCUGCAGCUCAGAUGGACUGGGGUCACACAACUGUGGACAUUCUGAGGAUGCAGCAGCGAUAUGUGAGGGGCAGUCAGCUGACUUGACAGUGCGCCUAGUUGAUGGUCCCAACCGCUGCUCUGGCAGGGUGGAGGUCUACCAGGAUGGGAGUUGGGGGACAGUCUGUGAUGAUAACUGGGCUUUGCUAGAUGCCCAAGUUGUAUGUAGGGAGCUGAGCUGUGGACCAGCCACAGAGGCUCCUCACCAGGCUCACUUUGGUGAGGGGAGUGGCUCAAUCCUAUUGGAUGAUGUGGCGUGCAUGGGAAGUGAGGGAUCUUUACUGGAAUGCAGCUCAGGAGGGAUAGGAAACCAUGACUGUGGCCAUGAUGAAGAUGCCAGUGUAACUUGCAUGAUGGAUGGCAUUUCCAGAGUGCGUCUGGUCAACGGUCCCAACAACUGCUCUGGUAGAGUGGAGGUGUUUGACUCUGGCCAGUGGGGUACAGUGUGUGAUGAUGACUGGGAUCAGAGGGAUGCUCAGGUGAUGUGCAGAGAGUUGGGCUGUGGAGAAGCACUAGAGGCCUUUGGAUCUGCCAGGUUUGGAAAGGGCAGUGGCUCCAUCUCUCUGGAUGACUUGGCCUGUUCUGGCUCUGAAGUCUCUUUGCUGCAGUGUCCCCACAGUGGCCUGGGUAACCAUGACUGUGGCCACCAUGAAGAUGCAGGAGUCACCUGCGCUGGUCCUACAGAGAACAGCAGCAUUUCCAGAGUGCGUCUGGUCAACGGUCCCAACAACUGCUCUGGUAGAGUCGAGGUGUUCCACUCUGGCCAGUGGGGUACAGUGUGUGAUGAUGACUGGGACCUGCUGGAUGCCAAGGUAGUGUGUAGAGCACUGGGCUGUGGGGUGGCGCUGGAGGCCCCGGACCAGGCUCACUUUGGCCAAGGCAGGGGGGAGAUCUGGCUAAAGGAUGUGCAAUGUUCUGGGAAUGAAGGGUCACUGCUUGGCUGCAGCUCAGAUGGACUGGGGUCACACAACUGUGGACAUUCUGAGGAUGCAGCAGCGAUAUGUGAGGGGCAGUCAGGUCCAUCCCCUUCAGAUUUCCAUUCUGACUUGACAGUGCGCCUAGUUGAUGGUCCCAACCGCUGCUCUGGCAGGGUGGAGGUCUACCAGGAUGGGAGUUGGGGGACAGUCUGUGAUGAUAACUGGGCUGUGCUAGAUGCCCAAGUUGUAUGUAGGGAACUGAGCUGUGGACCAGCCACAGAGGCUCCUCACCAGGCUCACUUUGGUGAGGGGAGUGGCUCAAUCCUAUUGGAUGAUGUGGCGUGCAUGGGAAGUGAGGGAUCUUUACUGGAAUGCAGCUCAGGAGGGAUAGGAAAUCAUGACUGUGGCCAUGAUGAAGAUGCCAGUGUAACUUGCAUGAUGGAACAAGAAGACCCAUUUAAAAACAAUGGCAUUUCCAGAGUGCGUCUGGUCAAUGGUCCCAACAACUGCUCUGGUAGAGUGGAGGUGUUUGACUCUGGCCAGUGGGGUACAGUGUGUGAUGAUGACUGGGAUCAGAGGGAUGCUCAGGUGAUGUGCAGAGAGUUGGGCUGUGGAGAAGCACUAGAGGCCUUUGGAUCUGCCAGGUUUGGAAAGGGCAGUGGCUCCAUCUCUCUGGAUGACUUGGCCUGUUCUGGCUCUGAAGUCUCUUUGCUGCAGUGUCCCCACAGUGGCCUGGGUAACCAUGACUGUGGCCACCAUGAAGAUGCAGGAGUCACCUGCGCUGGUUCUGCUUCCGGGGCCUUCUGAAAGCAUGUACUGUAGAGCUCUCAUCCAUCCAGUCUAGUAGUAACAAUGGUCAACCAUAGAUACUGUAUGUACAUUCAAAUUCAAUUUCUAUGAUACCACCUCUCUCCUCCUGGGACAUGCUGGUGUGCAAAUCAAACACACUAAUAAAAAUACAGUACGGAAAACCAUUAUCUGUAACAAUUGAAUUCUGACCAGAGGGGAUUUUCUUGCUUUCAGCAGGGAAUGUGGCAUCCAACUAUUUAAAAUCCUGCCUCAUGUAUCAUUCAUAAAAGCCCUCUUUAAUGACACAAUGCCAAGAAGGUUGCUGUGUCAGAGUUUCCAGACUGAGAAGGUGAAGACAACCCAGGCCAGCCAAGCCCCAAAGGCCUUCUAAAUUUCAACUCCAAUAUACUUCAAAUGCAAUCACAUGAGGUAUAAGAUUAGUAUGCAUAAUGUGUUGAAAAUGAUUUGUGUAGUGUUGACAAUACUGUAACUUCAAUUAGGAAGGGAACUGAAAUACAAUUCCAAAAAAUCAUCAGAGAAAAUAAUGGGCAAUUUUUUAUUCAUGGUUUUAAUUUAAAUUCAUUACAUGAUAUUUAGUUUGUGUUGACAUUUUUCUAGUUCUACUAAACAUUGUGUUUGUUAUGUCCCAUAGUUUGCUUUCUACAAGUAACAGGACCUUGAGUCAUAUUACCAGGCUAGUGUACUGUGAAUUAUCAUAAUUGACUCUUGGAUUAAAUUAAAGUAAUGAAUACCUUAUUGUUCUUCCAAGGUAUUUACCAUUUCUUUAUUUUCUUUGGGAUUUUACCCAUAUAUUCACAAAGUUGCAAGAGUAAGUUCACCUGCUAAAUUCCUCUCCAUCCACUCCAUCAAUAGAGAGCAACAAUUGGUAAUUAUUAGAUGACCAAGGUAUUUCAUUUAGAUUUACAAUAUAUGCUAACUUGAACAUUAGACUUUUCCCAAAAUAUCAAUAGGAAUAUAUUUUUCAUUUUACAUUCUUAUUGUCCUCCUAUUUCUCACCCACAAUCACCAUAAUGAUUUCACAUUGUCACGUUAGGCUGUUCAAUGAAUUAACAUUAGUCAGACAAUCACAUUUAUGACAUGACAGAGGCCCAGCAACUCAGCUCAUUUCACAGGGUGAGCCUUAAUAAUCUCUAUUUAGAUUCUGAAUAUGCAAUCAGGCAAUUCCAUUUUAUGCCAGAAGAGGGAUACAGUCCAGUUGUGGUGUGCUACAGCCGGCAGAUCUCAAUUCACAUCUGCUACAAUUCUGAUAGGACAUUUAAAGGAUUUCAAAUUAAUUAAUUGAUUGUGUAAAUUGUUGAUUGGGCUUUACUUAAGAAAAAGAUGGUCUCUUUUUAUAGAGGGAUGAAGAGACCAAGUGUAUGCCAGACUUAUGCAGGUGAAGGUCAUGGACUCAAUAACUUCCUUCCUCCUUCCUCUUCCUUCUUCCUCACCCCACUCCUGUGUUGGCACUGGGCUAUGUUUUAUUAAUGGGGAAGUCGCUGGCUACAUGGCUACCUGUAUAAUUAAUGUAGUUUAGCAUUAGAAGGCAAUGUGUUCUGGGUAGAAGGACAGGAGAAAUCUGAUUAUGAUGAAUGGACAGUGCAUAUCAAUGAGACCAGAGAAACAACCUGUCAUUUUGUC